CUUAAUGGUGGGCCUCACCCGAAAAACGAGAUGGAGUCGAGCACUCGAGCUGAAGUCGCUCCGACGAUCGCUGCGCCGAUGAACAUAAAAGAAUUCCACAUUGCCGAUUCAGCUCUUCACCAUAGAAUUUGCUCUUGAUCGAGCACGUACGGCCAUGGCGAUAGACGAAACGACUCCAAUCCUACAAAAUCGUACCGAAUAUAAAUCGCGAGGCCUUGGAAAACUCGCAAUUGCAACUGCACUUUUUGGUGUAUUCCUGGCCAAUAUCGAUGACUCCUUCGUAACCGCUAUCUACGGGGAGAUCGCGUCGCAGUUCCAGCAUCUCCAGGAUGGAUCCUGGUUGCUGGCAGGGUACAACCUGGGUUAUUGUGCGGCGUUGCCGGUGCAUGGUCGGCUAGGUGAUAUCUAUGGCCGGAAGACGCCGUUGUUGGCAGCUUAUGCUGUGUUUGGUUUUGGAUUAGCUGUGUCAGGCUCUGCAUUCUCUUUAUGGCAGGUUAUCAUCGGAAGAGUGAUUACCGGAAUUGGGAGCUCGGGCAUGGUAGGUCUGAUAUCUAUUGUGAUUACUGAUACAUCGACAUUGGAGCAAGUGGCUGUCCUGAGAAGCUAUGUCACUGUCGUCGCCAUCGCAGGGUAUAGUCUAGGAGCUCCCCUGGGUGGAAUCCUAGCAGACCUCGUUGGCUGGAGGAUGUCAUUUGCAGGUCAGGUGCCAAUUGUCCUAAUCUGCCUGCUAAUCGUCACUCGCGAAAUCCCAUCCCCACCACCGCCACAAGAUGAAGAAACGACUGUACAGGGCGAGACCAGCAACAGCAAUGACGACGCCAAUGGGGAACCCUCCAGUAAACCCACAACAAAACCUGGAAUCCAGAACUUCGACAUCCCGGGCCUCAUCACUUUCCUCACCACGAUAAUCACCUUCCUCUUCCUAAACCUAGCCAGCCAAAAGCUUCCUAUCACGCACCCCCUUGUCCUCACCAUCGCAGCCAUCAGCAUCAUCUCCGCAACGCUCUUCUUCCUUAUCGAGACAAUCUGGAGCCCCAGCCCAUUAAUCCCCCUCACACAAAUCUGGAGAAACGGCGUCGCCCCGUUUUGCCUAGGACAAGUAUCCCUCUUCAUCGCAUUAGUCGGCCUAGUCGCUCAAAUCCCAUCCUUCUUCAUCCGCACCCAGUCCACCACGAACACACAAGCUGCCGCGCAUCUCAUCCCGUUGACAAUUGGUUGUGCUGUGGGUGGUUUACUCUCAGGGCAGAUUAUUAACAGAACGCACCGCUAUAAACCGCUUUCGCUUUUCUCUGUAUCACUAAACACGCUCUCGCACCUUCUUAUCUUCGUUACGUGGCGUCACGGCGCAAGUACUACUUCCUCGCUGGUAGUAUUUAUUACCGGCCUCGCGCACGGGCUCGUCAUCUCAACACAGUUCAUUGGGAUGUCUGCGCGCGUGGAGAAAAGUAUGGUUGCGUCGUCUGUGAGUGCGUAUUAUCUGUGCCAGGAGUUGGGGACGAUUGGGGGCGCUUGUUUGGGGGGUGCGGUUGAGGGAGGUGUUUUCAGACAGUUAUUGCAGAAGAAUGGAUUGGGAAGUGAGGUGGUGAAGGGAGUGUUGAAUGAUACUCGGUUUGCUGCUAGGUUGUCCAUGGAGGUUCAGAGGGUUGUCGCGGAUUGCUAUCUUUAUGCUUUUCGGUUUAUUCCUGUGUUGUCUACUUGCAGCUGUGCAGUGGCCCUGAUUUUCAUCGUGUCUCAGAAGGAGAAGAAACUUCGGUAGGCAGUUAUCGGCCUCGAAUAUUAUCAUUAUUAUUACCAUAACAUUAAACAGAGCCAUAAAACAUUAGUGGCAUUAGAAACAUAAAAAAAGUCAUUACCACCCACAUCACCGAAUACGCCAUGUAUAGCUUAAAUAAAUACCACUUAAAAGAGGAUUAUGAAAUCAACAGGUCCCUGACACUCAUACCCAUUCGUUUACCAGUCUCUUGUCUUUCAUGGUUACGAGACUCCAAGCUAGCAUCAGUGAC